GUUUCACUCGGAGUAAGACCAAGUGCCCCCCGCCCCGACCCCCGCCCCCCGCGGACUGUGCUGAACUUCCCGGCGGCCGGUGAGCAGUCUGCGUAGCUGCGCGAGCUAACGCUAGCGACAGGAGGGAUUUGAAGCGUACAUGUGUUCUGUGAAUGCGGCCGCUUGAAAGUCAAAUUCUUUUCGCAGGAGCGCGCGUCUACUGUCAUCAGCUCCGCCAGGUGUAGUCACCUGGAGGCAGACACCGCAGCGGCCUUAUCUUUACACGUGACGUCGUGGAGGGGUCGUGUUGUUUCUUUGCCCCUCUCAGCAGUCCGCCGUGAGAGCGCAACGUUUCACCUGACACGGUGUUUCUAAAGACGCUGUAGCUAGUCGGGUAGGUUCUCUGGUGGCUAACCGGGGGUUCGCCUGGUGAGUGUCCGUCGGUGAAGUCCUGUCGCCAGAGAAGCAUACGACGGCCGUUGUCCCGGACGCGGUGAUCUUGAAUAGUUUUCAGCCACUCUGCGUGACCUUGUGAGCUCUAACUCCACCUCGCUCACCCCGCCCGUGUCCUGCGCGGGGAGGUUAGCCCACCUGAAACCAUGGCUGGGUUUGUAAAACGAGCUCGGAGAGCACCAGUUGACGGGCCACAAAGUGGCUGUGAAGAUCCUGAACAGACAGAAGAUCCGCAGCCUCGAUGUCGUGGGGAAGAUCAAACGCGAGAUCCAGAAUCUCAAGCUGUUCCGACACCCACACAUCAUCAAGCUGUACCAGGUGAUAAGUACACCCACAGAUUUCUUCAUGGUUAUGGAGUAUGUGUCUGGAGGUGAGCUGUUUGACUACAUCUGCAAACAUGGACGGGUGGAAGACUCAGAAGCUCGCCGACUUUUCCAGCAGAUCAUCUCGGCUGUAGACUACUGCCACCGGCACAUGGUGGUCCACAGAGACCUCAAACCUGAGAAUGUCCUGCUGGACGCCAGCAAGAACGCCAAGAUUGCGGACUUUGGUCUGUCAAACAUGAUGUCAGAUGGGGAGUUUUUACGGACAAGUUGUGGAUCACCCAACUAUGCUGCUCCAGAGGUCAUCUCAGGAAGACUCUACGCAGGCCCAGAGGUGGACAUCUGGAGCUCUGGCGUGAUCCUGUACGCGCUGCUGUGCGGCACUCUGCCCUUUGAUGACGAGCACGUACCCACGCUGUUCAAGAAGAUCAGAGGAGGCGUCUUCUACAUGCCAGAGUACCUGACCCGCUCCGUGGCUUCGCUGCUGAUGCUCAUGCUACAGGUUGACCCCCUGAAGAGAGCCACCAUCAAAGACAUCAGGGAGCAUGAGUGGUUUAAGCAGGACCUGCCAGGCUACCUGUUUCCGGAAGACCCUUCAUAUGACGCCACUGUCCUGGAUGAGGAGGCCGUCAGAGAAGUGUGUGAGAAGUUCGAAUGCACUGAGUCUGAGGUCAUGUCCAGCCUUUACAGUGGAGACCCACAGGAUCAGCUCGCCGUGGCCUAUCACCUUAUCAUAGACAACCGGCGCAUCAUGACCCAGGCCAGCGAGUUCUACUUGGCCUCCAGUCCUCCCCAGGGCUCCUUCAUAGAAGAGGGCAUGCCGCUGCCCCCCGGAGUCAAACCCCACCCGGAGAGGAUGCCUCCCCUGCUGGCUGACAGCCCCAAGUCUCGUUGUCCUCUGGAUGCUCUCAACACCACCCGGCCCAAACCUCUGGCGGUUAAGAAGGCCAAGUGGCACCUCGGUAUCAGAAGUCAAAGUCGACCCUACGAUAUCAUGGCUGAAGUGUACAGGGCAAUGAGACAACUCAACUUUGACUGGAAGGUGGUGAACCCGUACCAUCUCCGAGUGCGGAGGAAGAAUCCAGUGACGGGCAACCUGGUGAAAAUGAGCCUGCAGCUCUACCAGGUGGACAGCAGAUCCUACCUCCUCGACUUCAAGAGCAUAGAUGAUGACAUCAUGGAGGCGGUGGGCUUUAAGUCGGGUUCGUCCACUCCCCAGCGGUCGGGCUCCACGGCCGGUCUCCACAGACCCAGACUGAGCAUCGACUCUGCGAGCCCCGCCAUCGACCUUCCCCAGCUCAGCUCCUCCCUCCCAGGAUCACUGUCCGGCAGCUCCCCUCUGCUCACCCCACGCCAGGGAUCUCACACCAUGGACUUCUUCGAGAUGUGUGCCAGUCUGAUCACCACACUCGCACGCUGAGGCCCGACCACUCGUCACCUUGCUGUAAUCUGGAUGUCAGUGGGGUUUUUAAGCCAUUUCUGGAUGUAGGGAGUGUCGGAUGUGUGCAAGGACUUCCUCCUUCUGUCUCCUCUUCAUCUCUGUUCCACUUGUGUGGGACUGUAAGGGUGAAAAGCGAUGGGAUGUGGUGUUCCACUCAGAUGAAGGAGAGAGAAGGAGGCCUUUGGCAGACGAAUCACCUUUUUUUUUUUUUCUUGUCUUGACACAGUCCUUGGGUUCAGAGUCUUGGUGUAUAAACACCGGGCCUCAGCUGAUCCGAGGACUGGAAUCUGUGAACGAGCGGAGGCCAGUAAAGUGAGAGGUGAGAGGUCACAGUUCACAGCCGUAUUGGGACAUCAUGUUCACUGUCACGCCUCCCACAAAACACCCUCAAUCUAUUAACAGCUGUUAAACCACGAGUUUGCUCUAGAAACUUAUCGAAGGUCAGUUUUGCUUUUAAUGAGGACACUGGUUGUUACAACUGUGUCUGCAGGAACGUUUAUAUUAUAUGGUUUGUAAAGAAACAGCUUUUGUUAGCCAUGUAUAUUAUAUUAAUAUUUCAUCAUAUUACGUAGCUGAAAAUGUUGACAGAGGCAUACCAAAAAUUACACUUUAUACAUCAGAAAAAAUAAUAUUAUUAUUUAGAUAUAAGAACCAUAUUUAUUUUUUAGAGAUUGUUUUUUAGCCACUGUAGUAAUAUUGUUUAAGCGCCGCAUCGACAGAGUUUAAUCCUGAUUUUGAGAUGAUUGUAGGUGAUCAAUGAACCUAGCGAGAGAGCAGGAUGGUAGAAGGACAAUAUGUGACAUAGCACUGACUGUGUGCAGCAUUUGGUGCUGAAGACAGACACACACUAUCUCACAUGAGUUUUCACAAAUAUGUUAUAUUUGUUUUAUAUUUUAUUUUUGAAUAGCGAUGUACUAUCUCAGUGUGUUUCAUAGAUACAUACUGUAUCACUGCUGUUCUUUUCCACAAGAUUAUUACGUGCAUUGGAUGUCUUCUUUACAGAAAUUGAGACUAGUUAAGUGGCCGUACUGUAUAUGAAAAAGUAAUGCGGUGAUGAUAAUAGAGCGGGAGGGAAAGAGUAAGAUGAUGAACCCAUGUGAAGUGGUGUGUGUCUGCCGCGGGACAGUAUGAGCCACACAAACCUCUCUCCAGUUGCCUUAAAGAAUGCAACACACUGAUUCUGUGCAUAUGUACCUGUAUGCGGAGUGUGUGCAUUAGCCAGUGUGUGUGUGUGUGUAUUUGUGUGUAAUCAGAUGGGUGGUGUGUGUCACACGUUAGCCAUGUUUUCUUUGUGACCUGGUGUGUUAGGUGGAACUUUGCAGUGGUGUAUGAGAUCAGUGGAGUUGUUGUAAAGUGUGAAUGAGGGAACAAAGAGACAAGGAACAAAACACGCUGCCGUCGUACUGUAGCUGUCGGAGCUGUGUUCUGUGUGUGAGUAUCUUAUGUUCAGCUGUUGUCGUCCUGUCAGUCUGCACUUACACACUCAUUCGCUGAGGCCAGCAGUUCGCAAAUUUGUGUCACACACUUUGUGUUGAUGCACAAACUUUACUGUACCUGUUGUCUGUGGUUCCUAAAUGUCACGGUGUGAUUACUUUUAUAAAUGUUCUUCAUUGUCCUGUCAGUCAUACCAGAGUAGCAUAGCACUUGUGUGUUGCUGUUGUCACUGGAUAUUUUUUCUAAAUCUUUCUCUGACUUAAUGUUAAGUGGAAGCUAGCACUGCUCACACCUACCCAUCUUCUGUCGAUUCUAAAGUUUUUAUAAAAUGACCACAUGGAAAGGCCUGUUUCUUAUGGGUGGCGUGUUAGCAGCGCCAACUCAUAAAAUCUGUAUGUGGGCUGAAACUGGGGCCACAUCUUUGCAGAUGUAAUAUGCAAAACAAAGCUGUUACCUCCUCCCAUAUCAUGUGCCGUGCUAAAAACCCAAACCACAUCGAUGAGACAGAAGUAGUCCCUCUCUUAGAUACAAGCUCAUCCUUUUGUUUUGGCUGUUUUUUUUGUUUGUUUUUUGCAUGAUGAUGUGAAUCUCCAGUUUUUUCUUCAUGUCUGUCUUUUUUCAGUUAGUUUAUUUUAAGCUUUCAUCUCUCCGUCACUGUCCUGGCCCUACAGGGGAGGGGCGAGGGGCUGAGGAGCUCAGCACCACUUCUAGUGUCACUGUCGAAGCCCCACAGCUGUGUGGAAGAACACAGCUUUGCCCACACGAUAAAACCAUAAAGUGCCAUUUUGUGGCACAGAAAAAAGCAAAGAUACCACAUGAUAAGAAACUGUGGAAUAUGUUGUUCUAACAUCAAAUAAUAUUAUAUAUGGUCCUAUCGCACAGCUCUGGUGGGUCUGCUCUCUUGAUAGAGAGUUCUGGACUGUUUGCUUUCUUGUCAGUAUACCAGAGGAUGGGGACUAUAAUCUAAUCUACUUUAGACUGGUGUCUAUGAAAGGACAUGUAAUAGUGUAAAUGAGACAUUAGGAAAUAUAUAACAUGAAUCAGUACAAUACUUUAUUGAAAUUAAGUAAUAUAUGUUGAAAGAAUUUAACACCGUGCUUCACCUCAGCUAACUUUUAUGAAAUGUUUUUGAUUUUUUGGGCCUGGGAGUAUGUGAUUGGCUAUGGGGCAAGGAGGCAGGCGCCAGGAAGAAAAACUAUUACACAUAGAAAUGGCAUUUCAUAACAAUGGGUGGCGGUUACAUUUUUUCAUUAUUUCACAAUUUAUUGGUUCAUGUAUAGUUGUUGUGUAUUCAUUCAUGGUUAUUUAUUUCACGGUUUGUUUAUUAUUUUAUGUCGCUCAAGUUGAAUUUAGGCCCUGUGAUAGGCUGGCGACCUGUCCAGGGUGUACCCCGCCUCUCGCCCAAUGUUAGCUGGGAUUGGCUCCAGCGACCCCCCGCGACCCUUAAAUGGAUAAAGCGGUAGACGAUGAAUGAAUGAAGUUGAAUUUAGCCACACAACAGUCAACAGCUUUUGAUUUUUGCCUUAUGAGAGCAUCAUGAAGGUUUUCGGUUGAAACAGUGAAACUGCUGAGGCCUGUCAUGACACAUCCUCUGGUUCUGUGUGGGACGGCCCUCUCUGUCUGGGACAGUGUGUAUACACUGCUGAGUACACUUUGAUGUCAGAAGGGGAAAACUCUGCCCCCUGCUGCAACAUACAUGCAACUACAUGCACACACUCAUUUGUAAACACUAAUCUGUGUUCCUCUGUCAGUCCUCUCUACACUUUACUAUUGCUGUCUUCUGUGUGGUGCGCUCCUUUGGUCACAUCAGGAUCAUUAUGCAUUCAUUUCUGAUACUGCUGCUCAUGACAACAACACAAAAUACUGUCGAGGUUGAGGUCCAGCUAUUUUAAAAACUCCUCUGAUAUAACCAGUAUUUACUGUCAGCGGAAAACGUACUGUAGUACCAAAACAUUACAACUGUAUGCAACUAUCAGUGGCACGUUCGUCAUGUAAUCUCUAAUCUGUUUAGAGCUGGAAACAGAAAUGCCACAGCGCCUGAUCAAAUACACACCGUCUGUGUCGUACCAAAGUGAGUAUGUUCCUCAGCCAAGCUCUGCUCUGUCCAUCUGUGGUGGGGUUGUUAUGAUUACUGUAACUUUAAAUACCCCUGUGUGUGUGUGUGUGUGUGUGUGUGUGUGUGCGUGCGUGCGUCCCUGUCUGUUUGGGGUUUGGAUUUUUCUUGUUAUGCACUGCAUGAUGUGGCUGUUAUGAUUUGCACUUUAAUGAGUAUUUAUUGAAAAACAAUAAACAAACAUAAAAUGGA